ACAACUCUUUCCACAACCACUGGCUUCGAUGUAUCACUCGCUCCUUUAACGCAGGACUGCUCGGCUGCCUCGGAAAGACGGACCAUGGAGCUCGUUUGUCUGAUUUUUCUCGGUUUUGUGUGCUCGGCGCAGAGCGUAAAUCGAGACGAACUUUUUCCUUUUGGUCCGAGCGCAGGAGACCAGCUACUGGAACCAGGGAAUGACCAGACGUACAAGCUUGAGCUGAGCAAACCGGUGCUCUUUUAUGAUGGCACUUUCCACCACAUCUUUAUUAAUACCAAUGGGUUUGUUGCCACAACAGAGCCAGCAAGCGAGCUGACAUAUCUUGGCAAAAUGCCCCCAAAUUUUGGCAUGAUUGCAGCUCUGCAAGGAGACCUGCACACAAGCGACGGCGUGGGGAAGGUUUUCUUCCGUGAGGACUCCAAUCCUGGUAUUCUACGUCGGGCAGCUGAGCACAUCAACAGGGCCUUCCCCGAGGACGAUGAAGUAGAUCCCGCCCGUGCUGUGGUGAUCACCUGGGUUGAUGUAACCACCCAUGGACCUCAGAGCAGAGGGGAUAGCCUCAUCAAGAAGAGAAACACCUUUCAGCUGGUUAUUGCAUCUCUGGAGACCGCCUCAUAUGCUAUUGUCCUCUAUCCGAGGGACGGGGUGAAGUUUUCCUCCACGCCUGUAGGAGACAGGGAUGUGAUCAUGCAUGCUGGUUUCAGUAAAGGUUUGGUCCGGGGUUUUUUGACUUCCAACGAGGGGCCGUACUACCGAACCACCACUGAUGACGAGGAAUCCGUGAGGGCUUUAGCAGAGGAAACAAACUCUGGCCUGCGCGGUGUAUGGGUGUACGAGAUUGGGACCUCUCCCUAUUUUUCCAACGUGGCUCCAGGUGAGGUCACAGAGCUGCCCACUGAGGCUCCACCACAAGAAGAUGCUGAUGCUUAUGAAGAGUCCAGUGCUGCGAGGAGGCCGAUAUAUACUGACGGACAAGUGGUGGCCUACCCUCAUUAUCAGCUGGGACAGACUGAAGUCCAUCCAGUUCAGUACCAACCACAGAACCCAGAAGUGGUGGAGGUGGAUGAUACGAUUCUAAACGUAGAUGUGUUCUCGUACAACUUUGGGAGAUGUGAAAACAAUCGAAACAAAUGCUCCCAGUUUGCUGACUGCAGGGACUAUCCCAAUGGAUACUGCUGCCACUGCAGGCCUGGCUUCUAUGGCAACGGGAUACAGUGUGUGGCCGAAGGAAAGCCACAGAGGGUGAAUGGCAAAGUAAACGGAAGAGUGUUUAUAGGCAGCUCUCCUUCUCCGGUGGAGUUCACCAGCAUUGACCUCCACUCUUAUGUUGUUGUUAAUGAGGGUCGAGCCUACGUCGCCAUCAGUGACCUCCCUCCCGCUGUAGGGCCCUCACUGGAGCCCCUAGUGUCAGUUACUGGUGUGAUUGGGUGGGCGUUUGCUCUAGAGCACCCUGGCUUCAAGAAUGGCUUCAGUAUCAUUGGGGGGGAGUUCACUCGGCAAGCCGAGGUGACCUUUGUGCCAGGGAACGAGAAGGUGAUCAUCAGGCAAGAGUUUAAAGGCAUCGAUGAGCACGACCACCUGAUUGUGACCACCUCCCUGGACGGCCGGGUCCCCGAGUUGCCUCGCGGCUCCAGUGUGCAGAUCGACCCUUACUCUGAGAUCUACCAGUACAGCCACAACUUGAUCACCUCAUCUUCCAUGCGGGACUACAUAGUGAGCUUUCCGGACGGAUCCACGGAAACCAGGACGUUCCAGUGGCGCCAGACCAUCUCCUUCAAUGGCUGCCAGCAUGGCGAGACUUUGAGAGACAUGAAAGCUACACAGAUGCUAAGCGUGGACCAGAUCUUUGUCACAUACAAUCCUGACCAACAACUCAUCCGGUUUGCACUGACCAGCAAAAUCGGGGACAUCAAUGGAGGGCAGCCGCAGGAGAACCCAUGCUUCACCGGAAGACACGGAUGUGACACGAAUGCUGUUUGCAGACCCGGAGGAGGAACCCAGUUCACUUGCCAGUGCGCUUCUGGUUUCAAUGGUGAUGGGCGCACAUGUUAUGAUAUUGAUGAAUGCAGAGAGGAUCCUCAGCUCUGCGGUCCCCACGCUGUCUGCAACAACCAGCCCGGGACCUUCCGCUGUGAGUGCGAAGAAGGGUAUCAGUUCGGUAGCGAUGGGCAAACCUGCACUGAGGUUACUCCACCUGCGGACCUGUGUCGUACCUGUGAUGAUCCUCAGCGUGCUUCGUGCAGCCACACCGGAGGCUUGUCCUACGUCUGCACCUGCCUGAAAGGGUUCACAGGAGACGGUAGAAUCUGCCGAGACAUAGACGAGUGCCAGCAAGGCAAGUGUCAUCCAGACGCUGUGUGUCACAACACCCAGGGAUCCUUUACCUGCCAGUGCAGGCCGGGUUACAGCGGCGAUGGCUUCCAGUGCGUUCCUGGGAGGCCAAAAACACGUUGUGAGAUCCACAGAGACAGCGUCCUGGGUGAGACAGGGUUUGGCCCACGGGGACCGCGGCCUCCCGUUGGCCAGUACGUCCCCAUGUGUGAUGAGAACGGUGAAUAUCGAUCCAUGCAGUGCCACGGCAGCACGGGACAGUGCUGGUGCGUGGACCGAAACGGACAGGAGAUCUCCGGGACUCGUGCCGGACCUGGCAGCACACCAAUGUGUAUCGACCACAGCAGCGGGCAAACACCUAUCGGACCCCGGCCACGGCCCGACGUCGACGCCCUGACCCCGGGAACACACCUGUUGUAUGCCCAGAGCGGCAGGAUAGAGCACGUUCCACUGGAAGGCUAUGACAUGAAAAAGAACGAUGCCAGGCCUGUGCUCCAUCUCCCUGAGAAGGUAAUUAUCGGUGUGGCCUAUGACUGCGUGGAGAAAAUGGUGUACUGGACAGAAAUCACAUCUCCCUCCAUCAGCAAGGCCAACAUCCAGGGGGGAGACCCCACUGCUGUCAUUAGUUCAGGUUUGGAAAGCCCAGAGGGGAUUGCCAUCGACCACUUGGGGCGAACAAUGUUCUGGACGGAUUCUGCGAAGGAUCGCAUCGAGGUGGCGUCUCUGGACGGGUCUAAGCGACGUGUCCUCAUAAACACUGAUCUCGUCAACCCCCGAGCGAUCAUCGCUGACCCUUCCAACGGUAAUCUGUACUGGGCUGACUGGAACCGUGAAGCUCCCAAGAUUGAGACCUCUUACAUGGAUGGAUCCAAUAGACGGGUGCUGGUUAAAGACAAUCUUGGCCUGCCAAACGGCCUGACUUAUGACCGUCACAGUUCUCAGCUUUGUUGGGCAGACGCAGGCACGCAUAAAAUGGAGUGCAUGGAUCCUGGACGGGGGGGUCGCAGUAAGGUUUUGGAGGGGAUCCAGUACCCUUUUGGAAUUACAGCUUUCGGGAAAAACAUCUACUACACCGACUGGCGGAGGGAUGCCGUGGUUGCGGUGGACCGCUAUGCUAGCCGGGAGUCAGACGAGUUCCAGCCUCAGAAGCGGACCAGGUUGUAUGGGAUCGCCACAGCCUAUGCCCAGUGUCCUUCAGGGCAAAACUACUGUGCUGCAAACAACGGCGGCUGCAGUCACCUCUGUUUAGCAACACCGAACGGCCGUUCCUGCAAGUGUCCCGACAACGCAGCCGAGGUGGGCUGCGUGGAGAGAGAGUACUGAAAGGAGGCGGCCAGAGUCAACAAGUUUGAAUGCAACAUUAGGAGCCACUCAGCAUGACUAAAUUCUAACUGCUGAAAACCCAGAAGCACCUCUGAAAAUAAGAGGUGAACUUUACUGUGCCUUUUAUUGCUCAGCGUUAUUCUUAUCUACUUUUUUCUUUUUUUUUUUUUUUUUUUUUUUUGGUACAUUUCCCAUUUAUAAAUUCACAAUGAAUUGUAAGUAUAAACACAGCCAUGUCAACCUUUUUUCCUAAGUGCACAUAAACUGAGAAUGAAGCUCAAGGGAUGCAUAAUUUAAUGUGAAGUAUAUCAGAGCGGUCGAGGACAUCAUCUCAUGCCAGCUGUGCUACACUUAACCUACACUCCUGGAGGUGUUAUUGUGGAACAGGGAGGGGCUGGGUGGGCUGGGGCCAACACACACCCACACACACACACAGUGGGAUGAGUUUACAUGCUGGGCAGAAAUGAGAAAGAAUAAACAUUUUUCUAACAAUGUGGGCUGAUGAGUUUGUUGCUUUACAGCGACAUCCUGUGUUAGGUAAGUUAAUCACAAACACAUUUUUAUUUUAUUUUAUUUUUUUGCGGUAGGCGUCGCCGUUGUGAAACCCUAACGGGACAGUUCCUACUCCGGUUGAAUAAAUAACUUGUCUUGCAGAUUUAUAUGUA